UGUAUGUCUCGAGCAGCUUUCUUGCCAUGUGCAUUUGUCCACAGCAUGAGCUCAUGGAUCGCCGCUUGUCGAUGGGACUCUUAUAUUUUCCCCCGUGGAAAACGUGUGUGACGUGCGUGGCAGCUUGACCAUCGAGGUUCCCACUCUUGUACCCAUCAACGGGAUCGAGACUUCCCCUCUCCACUACAUCUUUCAUGCCGUGACUUCCUCCCUUCUCCUUGCUGUUUCCAUGACCUCUUUGUCUUCUCAAACACACAAGGUCUGCUUGUUGAAGUAGAUACGAUAACGAUACUUCCGACCGUUUGAUUUUGUACGUUUCACCUCCUACCUCUGAGAUCGCAACUUGGAAACAUCAGCGGAUAUAUAUAGCAUUUUCUUUCCCAACACUCAGCCGCUGGCAUCCCGCUCAUAGCCAACACGGGAUACGACCUGUCAGAUCAUUUGGCAUUUGAUACCCCCUUUUGAUUUUUUAGCUGGCUUCUCAUCGUCCAAGACGUACUUAGCAGCUACCACGCAAUAUGAAGUUUGGGAAAAAUCUUCCAAGAAACCAAGUCCCCGAGUGGGCAGGCUCUUACAUCGACUACAAGCGCCUCAAGAAACUCAUAAAAACAGCAGCCGACACAGCUGCCCACAAUGGGGAUCAAGUCGACUUGGCUGAGUUUCUGUUUGCCCUCGACCGCGAAGUAGAGUGCGUUGACCAGUUCUAUACAAGGAAGCUCCACGAGAACCAGCGACGACUGCAAGCCAUCACAGACAGAUACGGACCAACACCUCGCGAUGCCGCUAACAUCGACGAGGAGGAGCUCGAGGAUCUGAUAGGAGCUUUACUCGAAAUCAGAAACCAACUGAGGAAUCUACAGUGGUUCGGAGAGAUCAACCGUCGAGGCUUUGUCAAAAUCACAAAGAAGCUGGACAAGAAGGUUCACACGUCGGAUAUCCAGGAGAGGUACAUCUCUACCAGGGUCGACGUUCUACCGUUUGCCACAAAUCUUGACACCAGCCAGGAGCUUCAGACAGUCAACACGUGGCUUUCGGUGCUCAAUGAAUCCAAGAACACCAAUGACGCCAAAUCCGACCGCUCAACACGGUCUUACGGGCGACCCACGAAACUGGACGUCGAUACGUCAGUGCUCAACGCACUAGAUCAAGCCGUCCGGCAAGAUAAUCUAGAUACAUUGACGACCGGGUUAGCUGCUGCAAAUCUCGCAAAACAAGAUCAAACCGACGCUUUCCAAAACCUCCUGCACAGCCUCCUGCAGCGCGCCAUCUCGGCCCGGUCGAAAAAGGUCAUUCCUGUGCUUCUGGAAAGGAUUUCGGACCUUGAUGACCCCGACGACAUCAAUGGGCGGAAUUGUAUUCACAGGCUGGUCACUCAUAUUGGCCGGACCAAGACCGUUUCUUCCAGAGCCGUGGAGGAGGUGAAGCCGGAUCCUCACUUGAACGCAUACCCUUUUCCGCCGGGGGUUCAAUACGCCCAGAAUUAUCUUACCCCAGCAACGUCUCCUCUCGCCACACCGCGGGUGUCUGCUCUCAAGGAGACGGCCAGUCUCUUGGGCAAGGAUGACGAGGCUGUGCAGAUGCUCAUGUACCUUUUGGACAAUCUCAAGCCAGCACAAAGGGUGGCUUUGAAGGCGAAGGAUAACUUUGGACGCAUUCCACUGCAUUACGCCGCUCAGUUUGGCUUUGUGGUGGUGUGUCAGAUUUUGAUGAAGAAGAUGCAGGAUUGGGGCAUGUUUGAUGUCGAAAACGGAAUCGACGCCCCUGAAUGGCAGGACAAGAACGGAGAAGCACCUCUGCAUCUCAGCGUCCUUGGUGGUCACGCUCUUACGACCAAGGCACUGCUUCAAGGGGAGAAUUGGCAGGGUGUCAGUGAUAACAAGGCGGAGAUGAGACGGGCCAUCUCAAAGUCGAGUGCUGUGUUGGCUAUUGCCACCAAGGCGAACUUUGAGCAUAUUGUCGAGAUGUUGGUGCAUGCGGGGGUUGACAUCAACUGGCGGGAUAAGACGGGGGAGACGGCGCUGCAUAUUGCCGCGAGGUUUGGGCAUGAUGAGUGUGCAAAGGUGUUGUUGGAGGGGACGGCGGAUCAAAAGGCGGAUUUUGAGUUGACGGAGAAGGCUUUUGCUUGGACGCCGCUGCAUAUUGCGGCGGUAGAUGGGCAUUUGUCUGUGGUUAAGCUGUUGGUGGAAGCCGGGGCUGAGGUGGACAAGCCGGAUUCGUCGGGUUGGACAGCGAGGGAACAUGCUGCUUUGAGAGGACAUAUGCCUAUUGCUCACUUUCUUGCUCAGAGCAAGGAGGGAGAGGACACGGCUAGUAAUACUUCUGAUGACGAGAAGUCGGUGACGGAUAAUGCGGCUGUGCCUGACAAGGCGUCGUUCCAGGAGAGACGAUCGAAGGGCUCUGCGCGCAAGGCGGAGCCGGUCAAGUCAUUUGGUCAUCGGUAUCUCAAGGAUGAGAGUCUGGUGCUGGUUAGCUUGGGCUCGAUGGACAUGCGGAAGAAUCUUGAGGCGGUAAAGCUGGACAAUAUUCCGCUUUCGAAAGCACACACGACGGAGUUGGACACCACGUUGUCGAUUGUAGUGUCGGCGCAAGGGGCUCAGGGCGAGCCAACUAUGAUGAACCUUCAGGGUGAUGUCUGUGUGCCCAUCAUGGGUGCCAAUUUUGAGGUCAUUGGCAGCGUCAACUUUAACUUUUUGGUCAUCACGCCAUUCUCACACCCUAGCAUGGAGGUCACUUCUGAGCACACCUACUGGAAGAAGUUGGCCUCGACCAUGGUCAUUGGCCACCGCGGCCUGGGCAAGAAUAUGACGUCCAGCCGCUCCCUCCAGCUGGGCGAGAACACCGUCUCAUCCUUUAUUGCAGCGGCCAACCUCGGCGCUAACUAUGUCGAGUUUGACGUCCAGCUCACCAAGGACCACGUCCCGGUUAUCUACCACGACUUUUUGGUCAGCGAGACCGGGUUUGACGCGCCGGUUCACACUUUGACUCUGGAGCAAUUCUUGCACAUCAACCCGGACAAGUCGAGGACUAUUCAGGGGAAUAAUGGGACGUCGCCUUUUUCGUAUGCCAUUCCGGAGAACAAGCUGCUCGAGAAGACGAGGCGGAGCAACUCGCCCGGUCCGAGGCAGAGGUCCAUGUCGAUGGACUGGCCGGAUCACAACAGGCAGCAUCGCUUGUCCAAGCAGGAGAUGGAAGAGAGGAUGAAACACACGAGGGAUUUCAAAGAGAAGGGCUUCAAGGCCAACUCGCGCGGAAACUUCAUCCAGGCGCCGUUUGCGACGCUGGAGGACCUCUUUGUGAAGCUGCCGCAGAGCGUGGGGUUCAACAUCGAGAUGAAGUACCCGAUGCUUCACGAGAGCGAGGAGCACGAGAUGGACACGUACGCGGUCGAGCUGAACUCGUUUUGCGACACGGUGCUGCAAAAGGUGUACGACAUGACUGCCAACCCGCACCAGAGGAGGAAUAUCAUUUUUUCGAGCUUCAACCCGGAUAUUUGUCUCUGUUUGAGUUUUAAGCAGCCGAAUAUACCGAUUUUGUUUUUGACGGAUGCGGGGACGUGUCCGGUGGGGGAUAUCAGGGCGAGUAGUCUGCAGGAGGCGAUUAGGUUUGCGAGCAGGUGGAAUUUGCUGGGGAUUGUGAGCAAUGCGGAGCCGUUUGUGAAUAGUCCGAGGUUGGUGAGGGUGGUGAAGGGGGCGGGGUUGGUUUGUGUUAGUUAUGGGAGGGAGAAUAACGAGCCGGGGUUGGUGAGGAGGCAGGUUAGGGAGGGGGUGGAUGCUGUUAUUGUUGAUAGUGUGCUGGCUAUUAGACGGGGAUUACUGACGCAGGAUGGGGAGGGUGAGGGCAAGGGGAAGAAGAAUGGGGUUGAGGAUAGGGUUGAGGAGGUGAGGGAGAGGGUUGGGAAGCAGGUGUUGAACGGGAAUGGGAAUGGGAAUGGGUUUGGAGGAGGGGAUAUUGGGUAUAGUUCUUGA